AUGAACGGAGUAAAUUCUGCAGAAAGCAAGCAGGACGUUUCUUCUAAAAAGGCUGGGCUUGCAUCUCGUGCUGCUAGCAAGGCCACGCUGGCCCAGUCAAGAACAAGCCUAAAGAAUGCAACACAAAAAAGAAACUCAUCCAAAGCAAAUGUAGCUAGCACUACUCAGCUAAAGCAUGAUUCUCGUACUGGGUCAAAAGCUCUCUUCACCGUACAAGUCGAGCCAUCAGAUGCUACACCCCAACAGCAACCACAAGAGUCAUCAGCAAAACAGUCCAGAGCCGUAUCACAUGUGAAUAUAAUGGGGUCUUCUGGAGGACUACUUGAUAUGCCCUCAUCUAUUAAUGGAAAAAGUCGCAAGCAGAGCAGCAUAAAUAUUGCCGUGUCAUCUAGUUUGGCUCAAACACUUGCGUCGAAUAAUUCAGCUUCUGUCGUGUCGGCCAACUCGGUAUAUAAUUCAGAUACAUUGAUUGAAGGAACGAUGCCGCUGUUUCUCACUGGAACCACUCAGGAUAUUUUCAAGAUCAAAAUUGGAGAGAAUGUGAAUAUAAACACCAUGUUUAAAGUUAUUCCCAAAUCGGAUCUCAUAAGCGAUAUUCAGACACGGCUGGCAAUUUCUGAUUUCUACCCUGCCAAACAAAUAAUCAACCAAUUUCCACACGAAGAACUACUUGUUCAUUAUGAUCCAGAAUUCAAGUACGGCCAAAACUUUUUUAUAUGUACAACCAUUGAAGCCAUGAAUGCAAUUUUGAAUCCAAUCGUAAAUGUCGACAUGCCAGACAAUUUUGAAGCUCAAAACAUUAUAGAGACUGUGCGCGAAUGGAAGUCGCUGGGAAGUGACAAAGAAAUCGAAAUGGAACGAGUUUUCAACACUAGGGAAUUGGUUUUAGUCAAAGUUUCACGCAAACAGAGUGAAUACAAGAACUUGUGCAAAUUUGGGGAUCGGGAUGCUCACGAUGGGUUUCUAGAGUGUCGUCCAUAUAGAGACGCCAACUAUGACCUUACCCGCGCAGAGAUGCAAGUUGCGGUUCAGGCCGUUCCAGACCUAGUUAGUAAGCACAUUCAAACUACAUGGUUUCGCUCAGUUAAUUUUGCGUGUCAAUACGAGCCUGUUGUUAUGGAAAAUGAUCAUCGUGAAAGGAUCCUUCAAUCAGUUGAAAUGGACAACUUUCUCCGUAAUGUUGCAGUGAGAUUUGAGCAUGCACUUCAACAAAACAGCAUUGUCAAUAUUUUUGAAAAUAAUUAUAGCUGUCUUGGAGAAGAGGAUAUGACUCUAGAUCAAGGCAUUCACACCGUUUUACAAGAAUACCAAUCAUUUACGGAUCUUGUAAACAGCAAAGAUCGCUGCAUUUCUUGUAUCGACUGGCAUCCUCAGCAAAAAGGUGUGCUAGCCAUCUCAUGCACGCAACGUAUGUCGUAUGAAGAAAAGAUUGAACGUGGCUCAAGUGUUAAAUCAAAGCAGUCACUUAUUAUUAUUUGGAGCUUUCACGAUCCAAUUCACCCACAGCUUAUUCUUGAAGCACCCGAAGAUGUACACGCCUUUCGCUUUAAUCCGGUCGAUCCCAAUAUAGUUGUAGCCGGAUGCACAAGCGGACAGAUAGUUCUUUGGGAUGUGAGCGAGUACCAAGAUAAGUUGAAAUCAACCAGGAAAGCAGAAAACGACAGCAUUGGCAUCAGCGACGAAGGAAAGGAUAAGCAUGUUGAAACACCGGUUGUAAAAUACAGUGUCGUGUCUUCAAUCGAAGCAAGUCAUCGUGCCUGUGUCACUGAUAUACAUUGGUUAUCUACUCAUUUUGAACUGUCUUCAAAUGGCGAGAUGGUUGAGCACGGCGAAUAUGGUCACAAGCAGAUUGUCACAUCUUCUCUUGACGGAACCAUUGCAUUCUGGGAUUUGAGAUACAAAAAAGAUUGGAAAUCAUUAGAUUUGGCAUGGCGACCAUUUUUAAGAGUUUCGCUCAGUUCCCUUGAUAGCACAUUUGACUAUAGUCUUACAAGAGUUAGCAUUUGCACAACAGUUGUUGAUAAGCCAAAAUCAGGUGAUGUUUCUUCUCAUGACACUCCGCCUAGUGCUGGAAAAGAAAAAGAAAAGGCAGCAUCACAAAAACUAUGGACAUCAAAGUUCUAUUGUGUGACCGAGGAAGGUGAUGUGAUUUAUUCGGAUUGGAUUGCAGAGAAAGCUACGGAAGAAAAGGUUUCUCGUGUCGAGUUUGCUUUUAGCUCUCAUUUUGGACCAGCAAGUGAUUUGCAAAGAUCACCGUUUUGCCCGGAUAUUUUAUUAAGUGUUGGUGGUUGGUCGUUCAGUCUUUGGAAGGAAAAGCUGACGCUUGGGCCGAUUCUAGCCAGUGCACCAGCAUCAACAUAUCUGAUCUCAGGCUGUUGGAGUCCAACGCGACCUGGUGUAUUCUAUAUUGGUCGUGCAGAUGGUGUUUUGGAGGUUUGGGAUUUGCUAGAUACAUCGCAUGCACCAUCCAUGAUACAGACUGUUACAUCCACUGCGAUAUCAUAUAUGCAAAUUUACCAAUAUGGAGGUCGAUCUGGAAAUGGCCAGCAAUAUCUUGCAGUUGGGGAUGAUGCUGGCACAUUGCACAUUCUUGAAAUUUCCAAGAAUUUGCAGCGUCCAUCAAAGAAUGAAAAAUCCGUGACUGUGGCAUUUUUUGAAAAAGAAGCUCGACGAGUAUUGUACACUCAUGGAAGGAAGCAGAUACGAAUUAAGGAGCGUGCAAGCUUUGAAAGCAAUGCAUUGCUUACUAAAAACAUUGCUGCAGCAGUCCAACCAAAGCAGGAGUCGUGGAAUGCUCCUGCUGCAGAGCCCGGUACAGCUGUGUUGGAUGAUGAGGAUGAAAAGGCAGAAAAAGAGUAUUUGAAGCUGGAGCAUGAUUUUCUUGAAGCUGAAGGUUUGUUGCCAUCAUCCUUUGAAGAAGUAUCGUAG